CUGAUUCCUCUCUGUCCCUCCAAGGUGCUUUUCACAGGCAUGAAUGACUUUGCAGUUCUCAACACGGGGCGGAAGAUGCCGCUGAUCGGACUGGGAACAUGGAAGAGUGAGCCAGGAAAGGUGAAACAGGCAGUUAUCUGGGCAUUGGAGGCUGGGUACCGCCACAUCGACUGUGCAUCCAUCUAUGGCAACGAGGAGGAGAUCGGAGAAGCCUUACAGGAGACGUUCAGCCCCGGCAAGGCCCUGAGAAGAGAGGACGUGUUCAUCACAUCCAAGCUGUGGAACACCCGGCAUCACCAGGAGGACGUGGAGCCGGCCCUCCUGAAGACCCUGAAGGACCUGAAGCUGGAGUACCUGGAUCUCUACCUCAUCCACUGGCCCAACGCCUUCCAACGAGGAGAUGCUCCUUUCCCCAGGAAGGAGGACGGCACCAUGCUGUAUGACGACAUCGACUACAAGCUGACGUGGGCGGCCAUGGAGAAGCUGGUGGAGAAGGGCCUGGUCCGAUCCAUCGGCCUGUCCAACUUCAACAGCCGGCAGAUAGACGACGUCCUGUCCGUGGCUAGCAUCAAGCCAACCGUGCUGCAGGUGGAGGGUCACCCCUACCUGGCCCAGGUGGAGCUGCUGGCCCACUGUCGGGACAGGGGCCUGGUGAUGACGGGCUACAGCCCGCUGGGCUCUCCGGACCGGGCCUGGAAGGAUCCAAGUGAGCCGGUUCUGCUUCAGGAGCCGUUGCUGGCCUCCCUCGCAGAGAAAUACAAGAAGUCGCCCGCUCAGAUUAUCCUCAGGUGGCAGACACAACGAGGAGUGGUGACAAUCCCUAAGAGUGUGACAGAGUCCCGGAUCAAAGAGAACAUUCAGGUGUUUGAGUUCACCCUGGAAGCAGAGGAAAUGAAAAAUAUCACAGCCCUGAACAAAGGCUGGCGCUACAUUGUACCAAUGAUCCAAGUGGAAGAGAAGCGUGUUCCCCGGGAUGCAGGACAUCCUCACUACCCCUUCAACGACCCCUACUGAACACCCCCACUGCAACCUGAAUCUGUGCCUUCUACACCCACACCACCCCCCACAUCACUACUGAAUGUUCCUGCAGUUUGUCUUUAGAUUAUGUCACAUCCUGCUCUAUCAUUACAACAUUUCAAGUUAUCGUCAGUGAUGAGUUCUGGAGAAUCUGGUAUGACUGUGUACGUGUUAUUUUUAAAUAAACAUUUUGUUACUUCA